AUGUCCUCAUGUCAGUCCACGCCACCGCCAUCAGAAUCCAACGAAAACAUCAUAGUUUUCGAAAGCCAUCGCGCCAGCGAAGAUGCCAACCCAGACACCAACCAGGGGUACUCCCUGUCGUGCCCCACCGACGAGACCUCUAUCUACAAUGCCGCGCGAACCAAUUCCGCCAUUGAAGGCCAUCCCCGCCAUUCAGAGUUCAGCAGCACAGUGAAAAGCAGCCUGGACGCCCGAGAAGCCGCCAACAUGGCGAUGUUCCUGUCUCGCACGUCGGAUCCCGCGUCCCAUCUAGCCCAACACGGUUCUGACCCUGGUGGUGCGGCGCAGAAGAGCAAAGACCGCUGGUGGCAAUCGAUGUUCUGGUCGGAUAACCACGCGCCAUGCUCGACGGACAGUGAGAAAGACGAAGAAGAGGUCUCGUUGCCGGAUGAGUCGUCGCGCACGACCCUUCGCCAACACCUGAAAGCCACCAGUCUCGAUGAUACUGUGUCCACUGCUCGGAUGUCGAAGUGGCCGGGGGAUUUUGGGUCUCCUGUGAGCCCGGCGCAGCCUAAGUAUCCGCCGCCGGUGAGGCCUGCUACGCCGCCGGGACUGCCCUCGUUUGGGACGCCGGAGGCGAUGUGUUUUGCGACGCAGUAUGCUGUUCGCUCCGCCCCGUCGCAUAGACAGACUCAAAGGGGGGAUCCGCCCUCCGCGAACAGGCGUCGCAGGCGCGCUGCUUCCUAUGGGGAAUGGUUGCGCAGGCUGUUUGGCUCCGCUGCAGCUGUGCAGACCCGGCCGAACUUGCAGCUGUCUCGGCUUGCUAGAGCGGAGGACGGCACGAUAGUCCAGGGUCGCUUUCCAUACCGGAAUAGUGGUCACGGGACGCACAUGGGAGGUAGAGGGUUGGAGAGCCAUCCGUUCCAUCGGGGGACGCUUCCCGUCGCGGAGUGCAGUCUCAUCAAUGGCGCCGUUGAUAGUGGUGCCCAGAACACAUCCCUCACCCGAGAUGGUCACGGCGCGAGGCAGCGAGGCGGCAUCUUGCUGGACUGGCGGAACCAAUAUCUCAACCGUGAAGCAGGUGUUGACUCCCCAGCGCCGAAAGGUGCACUCGCUGCGCUCCUCCGCCAUGUAGCGGCGACGACGGGCCCAGCAAGCCGGCCCUCAGUCCGCACUACCUGUCCACCCCUCUCACACUAUCACUCCUGCUCCUCCCAACCCAUCACAGCCCAGCCCCGCGCAUCCAGAGCAGUCCUAGGCUACACCAUCGACCCCCCAACAAGCUGCUCACUAAUAACAACCCGAUCUCCCCCAGACCAACACGCAGACACCACCAUCUGGCACCACUCCAAACAGCUAAUCAACACCUACCUCUGCUGCUCCUGCGGCUCCGCCCCCGAGCAGGAAACACUCUUCUACCCGUCCAACGAGACCUACAUGACCGCCCACGGCUGCAUUUCAAAUGUCAGUAGCGUCGAGAACGCCCAUGGGAACGCUAAUGUGGGCAAUGAUACAGUGCGUGCAGGAGGAGGUGUCGGUGGACGCUGGUGGGGGUUGGGGGAUGCAUGGAGGUCGUUUCGAGGGUUUGCGGCGAGAAAUGUGCUAGUCGUUGAUGGUGUGAUUGCUUAG